UUCUAAGCGAUAUAAAGAUCUCGCGGACCUUCCUUUUCCUCUUUCUUUCACGCGACCCUACUGCGCGAGAUUACACCUUGUCUUUAAACCAGCUGUUAAGCGAUCCCUGGAAGCACAGCCAAGAUGCCCAGGGAAGACAGGGCCACGUGGAAGUCCAACUACUUUCUGAAAAUCAUCCAACUGUUGGAUGAUUAUCCAAAAUGCUUCAUCGUGGGGGCAGACAACGUGGGCUCCAAGCAGAUGCAGACCAUCCGUCUGUCUCUGCGUGGAAAAGCCGUGGUGUUGAUGGGUAAAAACACCAUGAUGCGCAAAGCCAUCCGUGGUCACCUGGAGAACAAUCCAGCUCUGGAGAAGCUCCUGCCCCACAUUAAAGGGAAUGUGGGAUUUGUCUUCACCAAGGAGGAUCUGACUGAGAUCCGGGACCUGCUGCUGGAGAAUAAGGUACCUGCAGCUGCCCGUGCUGGAGCCAUCGCCCCCUGUGAUGUGACGGUGCCAGCCCAGAAUACUGGACUGGGUCCUGAGAAGACUUCUUUCUUCCAGGCUCUGGGUAUCACUACCAAAAUCUCCAGAGGAACCAUUGAAAUCUUGAGUGAUGUCGGCCUCAUCAAGACUGGUGACAAGGUUGGUGCCAGCGAAGCCACGCUGCUCAACAUGUUGAACAUCUCGCCAUUCUCCUUCGGACUUAUUAUCCAGCAAGUGUAUGAUAAUGGCAGUGUGUACAGCCCUGAGGUGCUCGACAUCACUGAGGCUUCCCUGCAUGCAAGGUUCUUGGAGGGUGUGAGGAACAUCGCCAGUGUGUGCCUGGAGAUUGGCUAUCCCACUUUGGCUUCAGUCCCCCACUCUGUCAUCAAUGGCUACAAGAGAGUCCUGGCUGUUGCUGUGGAAACGGAUUACUCCUUCCCCCUGGCAGAAAAGGUUAAGGCUUACCUGGCUGAUCCUACUGCCUUUGCUGCUGUCGCAGCACCGGCAGCUGCUGCAGAGACUGCUGCAGCUCCAGCUGCAAAGGAGGAGGUUAAGGAGGAGUCCGAGGAAUCAGACGACGACAUGGGCUUCGGUCUGUUCGACUAAGAUGAAUACAGCGAAUGGAACCAGUUUCGAUCAAAAAGACCAUGAUUCAAUAAAGUUUAUUGAAACUAAAA